GGACGAGGGAAGGUAAGGCGCUCACGAUGAAGUUGUACAUGUGUGUUCCCACAAAAUCUCUCGUUGUCCCCGCUCUUGUCGCCAUCGGUACUUCUUCUGACGCCACCUGCCGUUUGGCCUUGCUUAUGCCUGGAAAUGAGGUUUUCGCCGCUGCCUUGGAACCAUGGCUUCAAACGCUCCGGAAUACGAUCCCCAAGCCAUAUACGGCCCGAGCUCGUCCACUCAACAUAAAGUCGCUAUUCCACGCUUACAACGAGUCGAAACUGGACAGAGUGGGACACAGGAUAGGCGUCGAGUGCCUCGGGCGUGUACUGGAGGUUACGCAGCAAUGUCAGCAGCUGGCUGCAUUACUGAGAGAAAUCAGAGACCGCGCAAACGUCCAGGACAGUAAUCGCAUCACCGAUCUUUUAGACGAAAUUGGCGAAGAUUUGACAGAGACCAGGCUGACGCCAACCCCGUCAAACUCUGACGUCGAUGCUCAGAGCUCACACGGAAACGUUGAGUUGGGCAGCAUCGAUUAUCUCGAGCAUCUCGAAACUGAGGCCCUAGACUUGCUAGAUGAAGACCUGCAUAGUAAAGACGAAGCUCGGUCAACAGGAUUUGUCGGAAAGAGUUCAGAGGUGCAAUGGUUGCGCGCAGUUGCACUCGCCCAAGCCGAGAGAACAGACGGGAGUUGGGACAGUUCGGGACCAGCACGUCGCCCUUCGCACGCCGCAGGCAGCGAGCCGGUUAGUUCGUUCAGUUUCUGGACAGAUUACGACGAUGUGAAUAUAGAUUUUUACGUGAACCCGCACGAAAUGCCGCAAUCUCAUGUUGCCGAGCAUCUGUUACAGUGCUACAUGUCCAAAGUGCACGAUUCUUUUCCAAUUCUUCCUAGUAGAGAAUUUGCGGAGCAGGCUCGUGUAUACUUUGGGGCAUUACAGAGUGGGAACGCGCCAAGUUUGAAUCCAAAGUGGCAAAUUAUCCUGAACCUCGUCUUUGCCAUUGGAGCCAACUAUGCACAUCUGAACGAAGGUUGGUUAGCCAAUGAGCACAUUACAUAUCAAGCACGGGCGCGUGCUUUUGGCUUGGGUGAGGCUGCAGUGGCUUCUCAUCCAGAUGUGCCACAGAUCCAAAGCUUGGGUCUUCUCGGAUUCUACUGGCUCAGUGUUGGGCAGGUCAAUCGUGCUUGGACAAUCGUCGGCAUCGCUAUGCGUGCUGCGUAUUCCCUGGGCCUCCAUGUGCGAAACGAAGACCCGUCGGCUAAUGCGAAGAAACGAGAAUCUCUAGUGCAAAUCUGGUGGAGCUUAUACUCUCUUGAAAGGAUCCUCAGCGUCAUAACCGGUCGUCCUAGCAUCGUGGUCGACUCAUACUGUUCGGUACCAUUGCCCAUGACGAAUUCUGAGGACGGCAGAGCAGAGGGAAGCACAGCGGCCUAUGUCAGCAUUGGGGAUGCAUCGAUAUCACACUUGGCCCUGUUUCCCGUCUCGUCCAAUGUUGCCGCGAGCCGUCCUAAGACACCGCAGGGUUUUGCAAAACCAAGCACCAGUGCUGGGUUGUACUUCAGGGCUGGGGUGCAGUUGUCGAUAAUAACGCAGAACAUUCUCACCUCACUCUACUCGGCUGGUACGAUGAUCCGGUCUCCAAGUGAUGUUCAGCAGGACUCGACAUCUUUGCGUCAACGCUUAGACCAGUGGGCUUCUUCGUUACCUUUGGAGCUCCGACCGCAUGGAGAUGGGCGAGGGCCUAGCGAUGGGUUUUCUCGUGAGCGUGUGCUCCUCAAAUUUCAGUUUUGCAGCGCGCGUAUCUUGCUUACACGACCGUUUCUGGCUGCGCGACGGCAACCAUGGAAAGAUUUCCACGACGCAAGCUUUGCAAGGAACAUGGCGGAUGGUUGUAUUGAGGCCGCCAGGGCGAUUGUUGCGUCUUUGCCCGAUGAUUUCAACGGUCGAAUUCAUGAAGAUUUGCCUUGGUGGUGCCUCGUGCACCACAUGAUGCAAGCAGUCUCCGUCUUCUUGCUCGGUCUCUCGUACCCCUCAUCGACGUCGUGCGAGGCUUCAGUAAUCAUUCAUCACGUGAGGAAGGCAAUAUCUUGGCUCCAGCGGAUGCAGGGUCCCGUGGCUGCCCGUGCUCAUCGAAUAGCCUUCGACUGCUUUGAGAGGGUGGCUAGGCAGUAUGGAGUGGAUGUGUCGGAUCUUUGGGAUCGUAAAGAGGCCCCGGUAAUACGAGACUUUCACUCUGAGCCCGUCCCAGAUGUUUGUGUGCCUCGGCCAUCAACGACCACAGCUGCGGCGGCGUCGACGUAUGGGGGAUACAACGCCCCAACCAGCGCCAACCCUGCACCCCAUUCGGAAGGGCCGGGGUUCCAUCCAAGUUACUUUACGCUACAAUGAAGAAAGGGAGAGAUGUCGAGUUAAUGCAGCGGCGGCAGCGGCAGCAGUAGCAGCAGUUGUCCUGCCGAAUCUUGGGCGUGGGCAAUACGUAGUACUAGGCUAGAACAUCGUUUACUCAAGGCUAGGGACAGACAGGCUUGACGUCAUGCUGCCAACUGCAACAUGAUGUUGAUUGUGGUAGCAAGGGUAAGAGGGGACAAGCACCAAUGCUCAGUUGGAGGUCAAUACCGGCGUCGAGGCAAGGGUUUCUGGAUACUGGUGGUGACAAGGCCAGGUGGACGCGAGCGCGGCCAAAGCUCGUUGGUACCCAGAAUUUAAAGACUGGGGAUUCUAGCUGCAAGGCUCACAUUGAGGCUAGCUAGAUACGUAUAAGUAGAUGAAAAUGGAAGUCUCGAUACGAGCGAAUGGUGAAUCUGGCACUGGGGGACAUGGGUAUUAGCGAAAAUGGAUGCCCUUUCAGGAAGGACCAGGCUUCCUGCCCGUUUGGGCCAAG